AGAGGGAGAGAAGGAGGAGCGACAAGAGGGAGGGAAGGAGGAGCAGCAAGAGGCAGGGUGAUGCCAGCGGCGCCCCGCCCUCCCCUGCUCGGGCCCUGCGGAAGCGCAGGCAGCCGGGGCUGUGUCCCUGUGGGACCCUGGGCGCCUGGAGGCGGAGCGAGAACCCGAGCACGGCGGCAUCCUCCAGAGCGGCCAUCGCAGGGGCUCCAUGGAGAAGAGGGGCGGUCCGCCGGCCGCCCCAACUCGGGGCCCGGUGCUGCACAUCGUGGUGGUGGGUUUCCACCACAAGAAGGGCUGCCAGGUUGAAUUUUCCUAUCCUUCCCUAAAACCUGGAGAAGGACAUGACAGCCACAGUUUACCAGAGGAAUGGAAGUACUUGCCAUUUCUUGCCUUACCAGAUGGUGCUCACAACUAUCAGGAAGAUACUGUGUUUUUCCAUUUGCCACCAAGAUGUGGGGAUCGAACCACAGUAUAUGGCGUCUCUUGUUAUAGGCAAAUUGAAGCAAAGGCAUUAAAAGUACGGCAAGCAGACAUCACCCGAGAAACAGUGCAGAAAAGUGUCUGUGUUCUCAGUCAGCUGCCUUUGUAUGGGCUACUUCAGGCAAAGCUGCAACUCAUUACACACGCGUAUUUUGAAGAAAAAGACUUCUCACAAAUUUCAAUUCUAAAGGAGCUGUAUGAUCAUAUGAAUAGUUCCUUGGGCAGUACUUUGCUAGAAGGGUCACAAGUUUAUCUCGGUCUGUCUCCUCGGGAUCUUGUUCUCCAUUUUAGACACAAGGUCUUGAUUCUUUUUAAAUUGAUUCUUCUAGAGAAAAAGGUGCUGUUUUAUAUUUCUCCAGUAAAUAGACUGGUGGGAGCUCUGAUGACUGUUCUGUCACUCUUUCCUGGUAUGAUUGAACAUGGUCUUACUGACUGCUCACAGUAUAAACCAAGAAAGAGCAUAUCAGAGGAUUCUGGCUUGCAGGAAAACACACCACGGUUAGAUGACUCUGUGUCUGCUGCUGAUACUUCAAAUACAAACUUAAGAAUGGGAGAGGGAGGCAGGAAGACAGCAGGAAACCACACACUGGAAGGUCAAAAAGCAAAAGUGCCUUUCUCCCCAUUAGAGAAGACUUGCAAUGGAGCUCAGUCCUCCAAUGGUACAGUGCAGCGCUUGAAAGUUCCUUCUCGGGCUUCUCCAGCCUCCUCUGAAAGUGACUGGGAGACCUUAGAUCCUAGUGUUUUGGAGGACUUGAAUCUGAAAGAAGGUGAACAUGAAACUACAGCAUCAGAACAGGCUGGUAAUCUUCCAAGUGAAGGCAUGAGCUCAGAAAGCCUUCCAAUCACUGUGCAGCCCCAAGCGAAUACAGGACACGCGGUGCUUGCUCCAGGACUGAUAUCUGGAUUAGAAGAGGACCAGUAUGGUAUGCCAUUGGCUAUUUUUACAAAGGGGUACCUUUGUUUGCCAUACAUGGCACUGCAGCAGCAUCAUCUCCUCUCAGAUGUAACAGUCCGCGGCUUUGUUGCGGGAGCCACCAAUAUCCUGUUCCGUCAGCAGAAACAUCUGAGUGAUGCCAUUGUGGAAAUAGAAGAUGCUCAGGUACAAAUCCACGAUCCAGAACUCCGCAAGAUCCUCAACCCAACAACUGCUGACCUACGAUUUGCAGAUUACUUGGUGAAGCACGUAACUGAGAACAGAGAUGAUGUUUUCCUUGAUGGCACAGGAUGGGAAGGAGGAGAUGAGUGGAUCAGGGCUCAGUUCAGUGCUUAUCUUCAUGCACUUCUUGCUGCUGUGCUACAACCAGACAAUGAAAAGACCUUGGCAGACUUUGGAACAGCAUUUGUAGCAGCCUGGAAAAAUACACACAACUACAGAGUAUGGAAUAGCAACAAGCAUCCAGCUCUUGCAGAGGUAAAUUCUAGCCAUCCAUUCCAGGGACAGUACUCUGUAUCAGAUGUGAAGUUAAGAUUGUCACACUCUGUGCAAAACAGUGAACGUGGAAAGAAGAUUGGAAACGCGAUGGUUUCUACAAGCAGAAAUGUUGUACAAACAGGAAAAGCUGUAGGUCAGUCAGUUGGAGGAGCCUUCACAAGUGCAAAAUCAGCUAUGUCAUCAUGGUUUUCCACUUUUACUCAGUCAACCCAAAGCCUCGGGGACUAAAUGAUGGUUUUGCAAAAUGCUGCUGAAUAUUUCAGGUGCAAUGUUUUUCUCCAAGCUGUCAAGAGACUGCUCCAAAACACAGGAGUGGAUAUUAACUAUCCAGGACCAAAACAAGGUAUUGCAAGCAGAUAUGGAAAGUUAUGCAGUUUCACUAGAAGUGCAGAAUGGUGAGUGUCUCCAUACAAUGGGAUGGCAUUUGCAGUAUAUAUUGGUUGUAUUUAAUAUGACUAAUUUUGUUUAAAACUGAGCCUUUAUAAAGACAUUAGCAAACAGGGCUUCUUGCAAGCCAAAUGUGUUCAACUUUAGAUUUGUACAUUUUCUUGGAUGUUGAAAAUAUUUAUGUAAACUAGUUAUAUUUUUUUGAUCCAAAUAGCAAAAUGUUUGUGAAGUCUUGUUAGAAAUAAGCAGUGUAUAAAUAUUGAUUCUUCUUUCAGGUUGGGCUUUAGAGCAUUGCUGCAAAAAGUACAUGGUGGAAACUCUUAAAGGGUUCUGCUGUAGGGUGGAACAAACUUCCAACUAAAAUUGGCAGGGUGCAGUGUAAGACUGUGGCUGAUGUAAGGAUUUUUUUCCUUUCUCCUCUGUGUGCAGCCAUGUACAGUUGUUUGCAAUAACCUGUCUCUAGUUCUCUGUGUCCACAGAUCUGUGUUACAGUUGCAAAAGCAGUAUUAUCUUGCUGUUAUGCUGUAGGCCUUCGUAAAUUUGCAGAUGUUUUGGCCGUGUUUUUACCCUGGGAUGAGAAUGUGAUUCCAGUUGCAGAGCUCUCUUCAGGAAAAGUAUUAGGAAAGAAUUCUCCCAAAUUGGGAUUGGAUCAUAGACAGAAUUGUGAGGACUUGCUCUAUUGGGUUACAAUUACAUAUAUAUAAAAGCAAAGUACUAAAACCCACUUAAAACUAGCACAAUAGCAAGCUAUGUUUUGGUUUGGUUUUUUGCUGGUAAGUUUAUGAAGAUUCUUCCAAAUUAAAAUCGGCUAUACAGAUUUUCUAUCUUGACUCAGGGAAUGUUCUAUUUGGAUAACUACUUUCUCACAAGGGAAGGAAAACCAGAAUUGAGAGAUGAAAUAAAAUGGCUCAGUUCAUGUUCUUGUGUCAAUGUAAUAGCUUAUAUGGAAAGAUGGAGCAUAAAUGCUGUAUUUCCUUUGUAACAUGCAUGUGGUAUCUUCUGUAUGCAAGGGUGUUCCACUUCCUACAUUUCCUUAUUCUGAGAGAGGUUAUUUCCAGAUUACUGCAAUAUGCAUUGUCUAUAUGCUUUGUGACAUCCCCACAUGGUAGCUCUUAACACUGUCUACAUCACACUACCAAAUGUUACAACUUUCUGUAGUUCAUGGUCUCAUCAGUAUCUGCCAGCAUUUUGCCACGUUCUUUUCCAGGGCCAAGAUUUCAAGUCAUGGUUAUUUCUUUUAUUCCUCAAAUAAAAUAAAAGCAGCUGUACAAGAGAUAAACCAGAAGGCUUAAAUAUAUAUUUAAGUUCUAAUUUCUAUAGGUGCAUUUGAAAAGCUGAUAGAAAAGCCACACUUGUAUCACAUAGUUACUCUCCAAAAACUUAGUCUUCAAUUUUCUUUCUUCAAACAGCAAUUAAAAACCACAGGAUCUGGUUUAAAGCCUUCACCAAUUUUUUUCCAGGAUAAGUUAGAUUGAAUGGCCAUGGAAAAACCUGAGAAUAUACGGUUAGUUGGAGAAAUUUCAUUAUGGUAGGGAAAAAAAAACCCUCAAGCUCUCUGACUUGCUGCUUCUGAUACAUAAGUAAAACAUACCUAUACAACCACAACUAUUUGUCUUGGUCUCUUGUGUGUAUUUGUCUACCUUCUAAAACUUCUGAUUUACUUUCCUGUUUUAUCCUAUAACUCUGUAAUAGACAUUUAUAUAUUUUCCAGACUGAGUAAUACUUGAUAUGCAGGAACAGCUCUGGUGAAAUAAAACUAGGGCUGCAUUUAUUUAUGAUGUGUCUAGAGCUUUCUGAUUAAUUUCUGAUGCAGUUAAGAAAAUAAUAAUAAAUAAUUGCUUGCUUUUAUGAAAUGGCUAAUAUCUGUUGUCUGGGAUUUAAAUGGUCAGGCUUCAUUUUGU